AUGGCAGCCAAAGAAACUCGAGUUGCCCUCAUCGGCGUGGGAACGAUUGGCUUGUCCCUAGCAGCCUUACACCUCAUGCAUCUCCCUUCAGGAUCCCACCUCACCAUCGUGGACGUCCGAACCGACUUACAAACCUACGUGAAACAGAACCUCCCCCAAUACCUACCCGAGCAAUUUCACUCCCGCAUUUCCGAUAUCAGACUCACAUCUUCUGUUGCUGAAGCCGUUCAAAACAGCACCAUUAUCCAAGAGAGCGGCCCCGAAAACCUAGGCUUCAAAACCAAACUCUGGGAAGAAGUCGAACAGCAUGCCCCUGCCGACGCCAUCUUCUGGACAAGUACAUCUGGCAUACCGGCAUCUCAACAGAAUGUCAAGUUGAAAGACAAAUCACGCUUAGUCGUCGUUCACCCGUUCAAUCCUCCACACAUACUACCGCUUUUGGAGAUUGUCCCUUCACCAGAUACCAGUCAAGAAGUGAUUCAGCAAACGCUAGAAUUUUGGUGGUCACGAGGCCGGGAACCGAUUCUGCUGGGCCGUGAAGUUACUGGCUUUGUAGCCGGGAGGCUUGCCUGGGCGUUGCUCCGCGAGGCGAUUCACCUUGUUGACCAGAAGGUGGUGACGGUAGCUCAGUUGGAUCGUAUUCUGGAAACGAGCAUGGGACCAAGAUGGGCGUACGCAGGGCCGUUUAAGAGCUUUCACACGGGUGGAGGACCGGGUGGAUUGGAGGCAUUGUUUAAGAAUGUGGGUGGCACGGUGCAAAAGUGCUGGGAUGAAGGGGGAAAGGUGAAUGUUGGCGAUGGGUGGGAGGAGGACGUUUUCCGGCAGACGAGGGAGGUGUAUGGAGUUCCGGAUUUGGGGGAGCGGGAUAGGGCGAAUAGGCGGAUUUUGGAGGUCGUUGAGGAGGAAAAGAGGAGAUAG